AUUUAAUAUCGACAUUACCCGGUGCACUUGACUCUGCGCAUUUCUCCUUCUACGUUGAUCAGGUGUUGGUUUUGUUUUCUGAGCGCUCAUCUCCUGCGCCUGUCCACUCCUUUUAAUCCCCCUCCAACCUUUCGUCGUCGACGCAAGGGACUCUCGCCAACAGCCGCAUUACCAAAGUGAAAAAAAAAACAUGGCACAAGCAGUGCGCCGCAAGGCCAAUGAGACCAAUGGCCAUGCGCACCACCGUCUAGACGACGCAGUGCACUCGAUUGAGCAGAAGCUGGAAGAGCAGGCGGAGCUGCAUGCGCGAAACCCCCAGGAACAGAAGGAAGCAGGACUGUUCCAGCUCGUCGUUUGCGUCGCUGGUAUCUACGGUAGCUUCAUGACAUGGGCCUGGAUCCAAGAGCGUCUAACCACCACCACCCACGGCCCCAAGAACGAACGCUUCACCUACUCCAUCUUCCUCAACACGAUCCAAUCCGCCUUCGCCGCCAUAACCGGCCUCAUGUACCUCUUCGUCUCGGCGAAAAAAGACGCCAAAACCGGCAUUCGCACCGUCGCUCCCAUCUUCCCUUCGCGCAGCAUUCUCCUCCCACUGCUAGGCAUCGCGCUGACCUCGUCGCUCGCCUCGCCCUUUGGCUACGCAAGCCUCAAGCACAUCGACUACGUCACCUUCAUCCUCGCCAAAAGCUGUAAACUGCUGCCCGUCAUGUUCCUCCACAUUUCGCUGUUUCAAAAACGGUACCCCUUGUACAAAUACGCAGUCAUUGGCUUCGUCACCCUCGGCGUCGCAGUCUUUACCCUCUACAGCCCCAGCACUGCCAAGAAAGCCGCAAAGAAGAGUGGCGCGGUGAAUGCAGAUGCCUCGCAGACAGUCGGCCUGAUCCUGCUCGCCGUCAACUUGCUCUUCGACGGGCUCACCAAUACAGUCCAAGACCACAUCUUCACCUCUUUCAAGGGCUUCACCGGUCCCCAGAUGAUGUGUGCGCAGAAUAUCAUGUCCACGGCGCUGACCGUCUCGUACCUGCUCAUCACCCCUCUUCUCGCUGCUACGCCCCUCGCCUCGUCGCUCGGCCUCGCCACCUCCGAACUCGCCGAUGCGCUGGCCUUUAUUACAAAGUACCCGGCUGUCGGCGCUGAUGUCCUCAUGUUCUCGGCCUGCGGUGCCAUUGGCCAGGUUUUCAUCUUCCAUACCCUCGCCCAUUUUAGCAGCUUGUUGCUCGUUACCGUGACCGUUACCCGCAAGAUGCUGACCAUGGUCUGGAGCGUGUGGUGGUUUGGCCAUGAGAUUACCAGUAUGCAGUGGCUCGGUGUUGGAUUGGUGUUUGGUGGUAUUGGCGCUGAGGCCGCUAUGGGAAGGAGGGAGAAGGCCAAGAAGGCGGCUGCGAAGAAGGCCGAGUUGGAGGCUGCGGCGAAGAAGAGAUAGAUGAGGUGUGUUUUUUUUUUUGUGGGAGACGUAGUUUUGGAUCGGCAUUCUGCUUUUCUUUUUUUUCUUGUACAUUUUCACGCACAUUGCCAUUUUUUUUCUCGCUCUGGGAACUUUUUUUUUUUUUGAAAGACGAGGGG